CUGUCCCGCGGUGCGCGUAACCGCCCUCCUGGUCCCGAACUUACGCCACUCUGUUAGCUCAUGGACCGUAUGGGGGUUGAAAAACAACCCUGUAGCGUACCCGUAAUCUAACAACUGUGGGAGCUCUCUCUGCAAGUCCAUGUCUUUAAUCUGCCGCUUUUUUAAAAAGCAAAUAAAUAAAUCAUAUGCUGCUUGCCUUUCCAUUUCUAAUCAGCGCUGUUGCAAGGCUUACAGACUUCGGCAGCACGUAGGCUAGGACUAUAUUUAUAGCUCCUAGGGCCGCGACCCGCAGUGGUCGUUUGCCGUCCCCCCCCUUGCUUCAGAAGGACCCGCUCCUACUUCCCCAUCCGUGGCAGCCGUGUCUGUCCGUAGUCGUCGACGUCGGGGUCACCAUUUGAUGGAGAAGGAAGACUUGCUCACCAUAUGAUGAUCGACAAGUCUCGUCUUUAUUCCCGAAUUACGGAUUAUUAUACACCUUUUAAUUAGCUCAUGCAUAGUGCAAAAUCCCAGCUCACCAUUGGCUAACUAGCUAUCAGCUAUUUACGUGCUAUUUUGGUAUAACUACUUAUUACUUUCCCAGGCUGUUUUUCUCCACCACCUGCUCGGUGCAUUACUUCAUCCGCAGGCCAAGGACACAGUUUAAUUGGAAGGCAACUCCCCUCAUUUUCUAUCUUGGUCAAAUUAAUCUCACUGUGAGCUUUAGCUCGGAGCUAGCUUGUUACAAAGCUCUCAACACAGAACAUAUUUUCAUUCUGAGUAUCUUUCUGUAAAUGAACAUUCUGUCUCAACCAGGAGGUAUUUUUGACCAGCUGUUAAAACUUCAGAAGUACACCUAGAAAAGAGGCAAAGACAGUUUCCUGAAACAUCUGCCUUUUAUUAAAAGUCCAUCAUAUGGGUCAAAAGAAGGGUGAAAAAACCAAAUCAGUCCUUUUACUUCUUCAGUAUGUGAUUUCACAGAUACUUUUAAUUUCAUUUUAAAGAAAAAAAGGAAAGUAGCAUGUACAGGGAGAACAAUCCAAUAGGAAAUACUAAAUCUGUACCUGUUUGUGUGUCAACUCACCCGCAAAUGGUGAGUUAAAAGAUAAUUUGUAGCAUUUGAAAUGUCUUCAAGUAGCCUUUACACUCAGCAAAACUUUGGUCACAAGUGGAUAAGGUGAUCAUGGGAUCUGUUCCAUGAAAAAAAAAUAUCCCCUUAGAUUUUUUUUUCCCUACUGUUUUUGAUAUAUAUUGCAUAUUGUGCCUUAAGGGCAGCAGCUACAUAGAGAUAUCUCUCAGUAUUCGUUCAGUAUUUGACAGUUAGGCUGUUCCAAUGUACCUUAGGGAUUUUUAUUCUAAUUUUAUGCUGUCAGACUUUUAUUUCUCUGACUUUGUAUCCUCUGUGGUAAUAUUACUAAAAGCUUUCCGGUUUUGUGGGUAUUUUUAUUAAAAGAAAAGUAAUUGUAUUAAUCAGAGCUUAGUUUUUCUUGCCUUUUUCUUCCAGAUUAUCCCAAUGGCAUUCGGCUCACGUCAGCUGUUCCAGGAGCAGAUAUCAAAGUACUCAUAAAUUUCAAUGCACCAAAUCCUCAGGACAGGAAGAAGUUUACAGAUGAUUUGAGGGAAUCAAUUGCAGAAGUUCAAGAAAUGGAAAAGCACAGAAUAGAGUCCGAGCUGGAGAAGCAGAAGGGGGUGGUGCGUCCCAGCAUGUCGCAGUGCUCCAGCCUGAAGAAGGACUCCGGGAACGGGACCCUGCCCCGGGCGUGCCUGGACGACAGCUACGCCGGCGGCGAGGGGCUGAAGCGGAGCGCGCUCAGCUCCUCCCUGCGCGACGUGUCCGAAGCAGGUAAGAGCUGCCUCUCCUCCCCGGCUCGCUGCAUGCCUCCACAAAUAGCAGUGGUGGAAUCUUACACUUCCAAGUAGCUCCUUACUCCCCCCUCCUCGGCUCGUGGUUAAUUUCUG